CUAUGCAAGCUGAAAUGGUAGAGAAAGUCACCUCUUUGUCUGGGUGAGUGCCACUGUAGCCAAAACAGCACCAUCCAUGGACAAGAGGAAGAUUUCUUCGGGUCAAAGGAAACCCCAAGUAGGGCAGUGCAACCGAUUGUUCCCACCCCACCUUGGCACAUCACAGCUAAUCCAUGGCAACGGUACCAGCGUUGGCACAGUAAUAACAUUCCAGUGUUCUGCAGAACAUGAGCUGAUUGGAGAAGGAGUUGUCACAUGCAUUUGGAAAGGAAAUGGUACACAGUGGACAGCAGACAUUCCUUCAUGUAAACCCAUAUCCAAAUACGAAACCUUCGGAUUUAAAGUGGCAGUGAUUGCCUCCAUUGUGAGCUGCGCCAUUAUUCUGCUGAUGUCUAUGGCUUUUUUAACCUGCUGUCUCAUCAAAUGCGUUAAGAAAAGUGAGAGACGAAGAGCUCAAAGGGAUAUGCAGCUGUGGUACCAGCUCAGAAGUGAAGAACUGGAAAACAUGCAAGCAGCUUACUUUGGUUUUAAAGGCAGGAAUAACAACAACAAUACAUGUAGCAAGCCAGUGUUUGAUGACCAUGAUGGCGUGGCAUAUGACAACCAAGGUUUUUGCAGCUUCCAUGAAGACUGGGUUGGAGACAUCUCAGAAACUGGCUUUUGUGGUGGAAAUGAUAUGCAAUGCAAAUUAAGCAAAGCCAGCAGUGCACUUGGUAAACAAGCAGUACCGGGACCUCACAGUACUAUACAUACCAUCAGUACAAUACACAUUGUAGAGGUUUAUGGACAUGACAAUCCUAUGCAUGGCAAACUGGAUACUCAUUUACCUGGAUAAGCAACCUCAAAACACAGUUAAGGAUUUGCUGGACCAAAGCAAAAUGUGAAUACAGAAACUUGCUGCACGUGCCUUAAAGACUGCAUAGAAAUAAAAGGACUUGGUUGUUAUAUGUAUCUGUUAUAGUGCAUAUCAGAGUAUAUCUACAAAUUUAACAGAUCUAUUUAAAAUAUUUGAAAAUGAAUUCCUGUUUGACUCAAAUAAAGCAAUGCAUCCUUAUACUUAAAAGUAAACUGCCAUUUCCAGGAAUUGCUUAAAAUGAAUUAAAAAGUAAUAUUUGGAAAACAAUGAUUCUGGUAUGUUUUUGCAUAUCAGUUCUUAACUGUUUGUAUUUUUGCUGUGUGUGAAGUACAGCAAAACAAUAAGGACAAAUGCACAUGACUGCAAAGUUAUUUUAUCCUCUGUUUUUAUAAGCAUAUAAGAAAUAAAUAAAAUGUAUUUUUGCACGAUAGUAUGUGGAAAUUGCAAUAAAGGUUUUCUCUAAAGUAGGCAAAUUUUUAAAUGCA